GAGCGAAAGCGGCAGAGCAAACAAAAUUAAAUGCAAAACUGAGAAAAUUCAGUUAAAAAGACUACCUUUCCCCAAAAAAUUUGUUUCCGACUGGUUGGUAUUUCGGUGGAAAGAAAAAACAAAUCAGUUCCAUCAGCCUGAGUUGCUUGACCCACCUCAUCAAAUCGCCAUCAAAACAAUCAAGAAAGCGGAACAAAAACAUAAGUUCAAAGGAAAAUCGGGAGAAAGAUUAAAUUAG